AUGACGGCAACCUGGGGACUGAAGAGAGAACAAGACAACCUGAAGAGAGAACAAGAGGACCUGACGAGAGAACAAGAGGACACAAAGAGAGAACAAGAUGACCUAAAGAGAGAACAAGAGGACAUGAAGAGAGAACAAGAUGACCUAAAGAGAGAACAAGAGGACCUGAAAAGAGAACAAGAGGACCUGAAGAGAGAACAAGAGAAACAAGAGGACCUGAAGAGAGAACAAGAGGAUCUAAAGAGAGAACAAGAGGACACAAAGACAGAACAAGAGGACACGAAGAGAGAACAAGAGGACCUGAGAAGAGAACAAAGGAACCUGAAGAGAGAACAAGAGGACCUAAACAGAGAACAAGAGGACACAAAGAGAGAACAACAGGACCUGAGAAGAGAACAAGGGAACCCGAAGAGACAACAAGAGGACCUGACGAAAGAACAAGAGGACCUGAAGAGAGAACAAGAGGACCUAAAGAGAGAACAAGAGGACAUAAAGAGAGAACAAGAGGAUCUGAGAAGAGAACAAGGGAACCCGAAGAGACAACAAGAGGACCUGAAGAGAGAACAACAGGACGUAAAGAGCGAAAAAGAGGGACCUGAAGAGAGAACAAGAGGACCUGAAGACAGAAUAAGGGACAAGAGGACCCUAAAGAGAGUACAGGAGGACCUGAAGAGAGAACAAGAGGACCUAAAGAGAGAACAAGAGGACCUAAAGAGAGAACAAGAGAGCCUGAAGAGAGAACAACAGGACGUAAAGAGCGAAAAAGAGGGACCUGAAGAAAGAACAAGAGGACCUGAAGACAGAAUAAGGGUGCCUGAAGAGAUAACAAGAGGACCCAAAAAGAGGACAAGAGGACCCUAA